AUGGCUGCAAGGCAGCCUACAACCUGGGAUGAGUACCAUCGCGGGGCUUCUCCCGGCCGAAGCGACAGUCCGUCGUCUCUCGGCAAUCGCAGCUUUCGCUCUGAGGAGCAAGCAUUAUUAAGUGACCAGAGUGCUUACGGCCAUGAUGAAGAACACCCGUCAGGACGAAGGUCUUCUAUAACGAAUCGUCUUGCUGCGGUGGCCGAUAUUGGCGGCGUCAAUAGUAUCAGGUCUUUCGGGAGGAGUUGGCAACGAGCGGCCGCUUUCCCAGAAAUCUUGCCGCAGCAGCCAAUCUUCGUGUUUGCGCCAGACCAAGAGCCAGUUCAGUCGGUCGACCCUCAUCCAUAUGCAGGGCACGACUUCGAAGCCGGCCACAGGGCUUCUCCCUCGAGGCGAGAUAUUGAAGCUCCUUCACCCCACGGUGUCGAUCACGAUGAGCCCGGACUAGGUGGGACGCCCUCGUCACGAAUAGACGGUCCGGAAGGCGAAAGGAAACGAUUGGGUCACGAAUUGUACCGAGCAGCAUCACCGUCUGGUUCUCCCCACGAUAAUUCGAUAUUUUCCGUGCCGCCGCAAUUAGCUGCUUCUCCUCUGGUUGGUAGCUACGGAUCCGUUCGAGACUAUGGCACGGUCCAAUCGGCGGCCAGUCAUUCUUCCAUGAUGCACGCCGCAGAUCUAUGGCGUCAACAGCAAGAAUCAGGAGCAAACGUGCCUGACGGCGAACGGCCUCCAAUCCUGGUAAAAGAGGUCGAGCAAGAAGGAAGGCUCGUGUUGGCUGUGGCUGGUCAAUCAACUCUACCGCAAACCGUUCUGAACGCAACUAACGUACUAAUCGGCGUCGGGUUACUGAGCUUACCGAUGGGUUUGAAGUAUGCCGGUUGGGUUUGUGGGCUUAUUGCAUUGCUUAUGUGUGCCGCAUUAACUAGCUGGACGGCGAAAAUCCUAUCAAAAUGCAUGAAUCGCGACCCUAGCACAAUCACGUUUUCCGACAUAGCGUACACCUGCUUCGGGAGGAAAGCGCGUAUAUUGACAGCAGCGCUCUUCACUCUGGAGUUACUUGCGGCUUGUGUGGCUCUUAUCGUGCUCUUUGCCGACUCGUUGGCGCUCUUACUCCCAGAUACAUUCAGCGUGACGGGGUGGAAGAUUGUCUGUACUCUGAUCCUCAUACCCUUGCAAUUUGUUCCUCUAUCUCUCCUAUCUGUUACCAGCUUCGUUGGUGUGGUCUCAUGUCUAGGCAUUAUGAUCAUUGUCUUCCUCGACGGUUUGAUAAAACCGCACUCUCCUGGUUCCCUAAUAGAGCCUGCCAAGACUUAUCUAUUCCCUGAUAACUGGCUUACUCUGCCUUUGUCAUUUGGAUUACUGAUGUCUCCAUGGGGUGGACACAGUGUUUUCCCAAAUAUUUAUCGUGAUAUGAGGCAUACACACCGCUUCAAUGAAGCAGUAGUAUACACAUUUAGCUUUACUUUGGUGAUAGAUCUGGCUGUGGCCGUUGUGGGAUUCCUCAUGUUUGGCGAUGGAGUCCGCGACGAAAUCACGGGAAACAUUCUUGAAACCACGGGAUAUCCAAACGCUUUAAACGUCCUCCUUGUGAUCUUCAUCGCGAUUAUUCCUUUGACCAAGAUUCCUCUGAAUUCCCAACCGAUCGUCACAAUUCUGGAAGUUUUAUUCGGUCUUCGACAACAAGCUGUGGCGGAAGAAACACCUUUAAUUGGGCUCUCCAGCCGCUCGAGGGGAGUGCUAAAAGCUCUUGUCCGAGUUUUGACGCUGUGUGUGUUUUUGAUAAUUGCUAUUCUAUUCCCGGCGUUCGACAGGAUCAUGGCGUUCAUGGGAAGCGCCCUCUGCUUCACUAUAUGUGUCACACUUCCGCUAGCUUUCUACCUGAAAUUGUUCGGGCAUGAGAUUUCUAUACGAGAGCGCAUCUUUACGUGGAUUAUCAUGCUUGUAUCUUUGAUACUUUCUGUCAUCGGGACUGUGUGGGCUUUCUUACCCAAGAAACUUAUUGGGGCGUCCUAG